AUGGGAGUCAAACAACUACACGCUAUUGCUCGUCGUUUCCAAGCUUAUCAGCAGCAUGCUAACUUGGGAGCGCUCUUGGAGGAACGCGAAAUCAACACCAUAGUUGUUGACUUUUGCCCCACUUUUUAUUAUUUGCUUGCGAAUCAUGCGGUGAGAAUUCUUCCUGGUCAUUUACAAGGUAACGGUGGGUAUCGUCUGGUGCAACCAGACAUGACCCAAUUCGUUAAUGAUUGUAUCGAGAGGAUUCAAGCCCUUGUCGCCCCUCAUCGUCGAGUCCUUCUUGUGCUAGAUGGUGAAGCUCACCCUAUUAAAAAAGAAACGCAUAUCAAAAGAGACUUGGAGGCUAAAAAAGCCUUCAGCCGGGCCAAAGCUGAGUAUUCGCGAUUGAAUGGUAACAUUGCAGGAAGUGAAGUAUUUACCGCUAAUGCUAGAAAAUGGCUCAGAUUCACGCCUGAAAUUAAGGAUGCGAUUUGUCAUGUGUUGGCCUUACAAGGUGUCCCUGAGACCAUCUUCCCCAUAAGCGACGAUUUGCAUGUGGUUCCUAUCAUGGAAAAUAAUCCUAUCCACUUUAUUGUUGCACCCUACGAGGCCGAUGGUAUGGUAGUAGCUUUAGCUGAGCUUUUAGGUAACGGAACAGCUAUCAUUUCUGUCGAUGGAGAUGUGCUUGUGUAUGGCGGAUGCCUUAAUACUUUACGAUUGAUGAAUGUCAGUUGGGAAACAGGCAUGGUGAGUCGAUAUUGUAUCAAGAGUCAGUUGCUAAACUCUUUAGGUUUACAACUUGAGGGUGAUAAUGAUGAUAUGAUUAUGGCACAGAAAUUAUUACUUGUGUUGGCUUCAGUAAGUGGAAAUGAUUAUGCUGAAAACAUACCUACCUAUUCUUUUGGGAAAAUGCGGGAAAGGCUUUUGAAUGGGCUGCAAGUGAAUCGUACAGAAUACUGGGAUCAAUCAAUGUACACUAUACAACAGAGGCUAUUAUCAUCGUUCAACAAUUUACCUGCUCAUAUACCUGAAAGAAUGAAAAAGGCACUCGUGAUGUAUGCAUGCCCACUAGCAGAUAUAACAAAUAACAGGGGAUGGUCACCACUACAAAUUGGCUUUGAGUACAAUGAACUUUUUACAAUACUUGGAAAUAUGGAACAUCUUCAUGUAUUAAGAGGACCAUCAGAGACACAAGGAAAUCGUUUCAUAUAUGCUUAUAAUGUUCAACCUAUACAAAGAGAAAACACAGCCCCAGAAAACACAAAUGACUUGCGCCCACCGAGACAAAGGGUAUAUGCAGCAGCUGCAAGAGGACGUGGUAGAGGACGUGGUGGUAGAGGACGUGGUGGUAGAGGACGUGGUGGUAGAGGACGUGGUGCAGGAGGUGCAGCAGCACAAAUUACUGUUUUCUCUGAGGAUAAUGCAACAGAGCAUAUUACUAUAUCUGCCAGAAGCAGAGCAAUUCGUACAUGGUCAAUGGGUUUAUAUUCGUCGGUUUUAUCAGCUGCAAUGACUAGAUCAAUACCAUUCAGCAGCAAUAGUAUUGCUCGAUUUCAAGAGAAUUUCGACCCUAUUGAAGGACAAGCUCUAAAUCAUACUAGGGUUAUAUGCGAUAUCUUACACAACGAAUCAAAGCAAAUGUCAUUUGUACGACAGGUAGCUUUUCAGAUGGUUAACAUAGCUUUAAGGCAUCCUAAACAUAGGCCUCUUAACGAACCUGAGAAUUUGAAUUUCUACAGAGAGUUUUUCUCUAAUGAUUCCCAGAAGAUCUGGAUAUUUAUCAUCAAUUGUGCUAUGACACGUAAUUAUGCGUAUCAUAGAACAGGGGAUCCAUUAUAUGUCGAUGUACCUUUUCACCCGUUUGAAACCGAUAGAGCACAACAAGGCUUCGUUGGUAUAGACAAUCCAAUGCAAUAUGCUGCACACGAUGCUCAUAACCCCGCACAUCUUCGUAAUCUCAUCGAUACGAUGCACGAUAAAGCUGAUUUCAGAGACACCAUGUUGCAAGCUCGUGCCAUGUGGUACCAAUACUACAGAAAUAAUAACAUUGAUCCACCAGUGCUACCAAAUACCCAAUACAGGCAUAAAAUGGUACAAUCAUUAGCACAGCAAAUGGAUACCAACUUUAAAGUGAACCUCAUCACACAUUUCAUCUCAAGAACAGAGGCAUUUAUUGCAGCAUACAUGACUUAUGUAUCAGAUGUUCCUAAUGGAUGGCCUGACCUACCAGAAACUCCAAUGGAAGGGGUUAAUACUCUCAAUCACCGGCUUUACAUUCUCAUUCGAGAAGUCAUAAACGAUGAAGCUCCUCACGGGAAUAUCCAAAAUCAAAUCCAAAAUAUAAUGGUAGAAACAAAUACACAGCUUGAUAAUGAUGUGAUUGCUUCAGUAGCCACAUUCAUCACCUCCCAAAGAAAUAAGAGGGUGCAAACAGGUAAUGCUGUACCACUUACCUUUAAUGAAUUGAGUGAUGCGUUAAAGGAUUAUGCUAAAAGACCCCGGGGAUGGCCUACUCAUGUUGGCUUACCACAAUAUGUACUUGCAAAUGUUUUCUGCAUUCCAUGGAUACAGAAUGACGAGAGAACAGAGAAUAUAGUGAACGACGACGUAUGUAGAGAGGUUCAUGAGCAAGUGCUUGGUCUCCCACUUGGCAUCCAACAGGAUAUAAGAGCCUUCAUUAGAGAUAUUCGUGCGAAUCUUCAAACGGCUGCUUUUGACUUUAAGAUUGGUAUUCGUACACAACGUAUACCUCCAAACACCCCAGAUGAUUUGAGAAGCAGAAACAUUCCACUUGAUAUUUUUGAUUGCUUGGAUUUACCACGACCAGACGUAAGAAAUCGGUUAGCUCAUAUCUUUGUUGAUGUUUUGGCAGUAAACCCACAAUACAUAGCAUGGGAACAAGCUAUGAAUCAACAAUGGAAUCAAAGAAUACAGCAGAGCAUACAGGAUUUUCAAGAAAAACUUAAUCAGGUAUUGCUAGACUGGGAUAAUGCCAACCAACAAAUACAAUUGGUUGUUGCACAACAGGAUAACCGCCAACCAGAAAUGUUAAGUCUUCAUAAUGAUGAAUUUGCAGCAGAGUGGCUACUCGCUGGAGGUAAUGGCCUUAACCGACAACAACGAAAACAAAAUAUGUUGGUCUUACUUGAAAACUUUGAUGAGAUGGCAAAAAGAUACAUUCACGAUAUCGUAGUGGAAGAAACUACACGAUGGUAUUAUGUGUGGAAUACAUGCAGGAAUAUCGUAAUGGAGAUACGUGAUGUCUUAUACAAUGACACUGGCAAUGAAUUCUUAACGACAGUUGAAGCAAUGCAAGAUCGAAUAAUAGAAUCGGAGGGAGAAAUCAGGAAUCAAUGGGCAACGGAAAUGAAUACUUUCCAGACUCAGCUUAAUCAGGUUAACGAAACCACUCAAGAACAAUACAAUGCUAUCAUCACUGAGAUACCUCAGGUGUUACCUUUGGGUCCCAAUGGUAACAUUGAUAACACCGUAGAAGGAGUACAACAGGAAUAUCAGUUUUGGACAGGGGUUAUAAAUCAAAGAUAUGAUGGCUUUAAUGUUUUCUGCAACCAAGUCCUACAACAAGUUCACACGACCAUGGUAAACCAAACAACUAAUCUAUUACACGAAAUGGAAGAAUUGCAUGGUGCUUUAGAUGCUUACCUUGCUGAUUUGGCAGAACAACCAGAAGAUGGUGAUGAUGAAGAACAAGAGGCAGUUGAGCUUGAUGAGCAGGCAUCUGACAUAGAGGAUGAAGAUGAUAUUAUGCAGCGUGAAGAUGAUGAUCCUCCGACAGACCAAGGCAUUAAUGGGUUCAGAACCUAUGCUUUGAUUCCAAUGCUCGUUACGAUGCUGCAAGGUUUCCCUGAUCGAUUGUCGUUUGCACUUUGCCCCAAGGCCAAAAGUGGGAAUGUAUGCAUUCCUAUCAACAGGGCGAUUGGUAGAGAUAUACUUCAGCAUGUAAACUACUUUGCACAAGGCAUUCCCAAUUAUGCGAACCUUCAGCCACAUAUUCAAUCACUACAGCAAUGUGUUAACUAUACCAGGCUUAUAGGGUACAGUGAAACACCUUUUAUGAUACCACUUUCUACUCCCAUAAGAGCAGCCGUUCAUGACAUCAUUACGACUACCAUCAACGACCUAAUCAUACCUCAACAAGUUAUGCCUUAUUACACGAAUCUUCCCCAUGGUGUUACAAUAAUUGAUAUUCAUCAGCAAAUGAUUAUGCUAUUACAUGCAUCACAUCAAGUUGCCCAGUUUGAUGCUAACGGUGAGCUUGUGUUCCCUGAUAACAUACAAAUCCAGGCAUUAUACGCUUCCCAGCUAUAUUGUGAUCAGCUAUUACUUAUCCGCUCGCUGAGAGUAAGGACAUUAAUACGUUCACAAAAACUUCCAAUGGGUGAGCCUGCGCUUGACAACCUUCAUCAUUGGGUACAACCCAAUGCUCUUGAUAACGAAGAGUAUGUACGAAUGACACGAAUCUAUAUUGGUUAUUACCAAAAGGACAGAGGGUUGUCUGUGGCAGACUUUAGAACAGCUUACAUUCAUAGUCAUAAUCGAUUGUGUUGGGAAACAUUAGUAACUGUGCAAUACAAUGCAAAUAAUCAACCUCAGCUUCCUGCCUCUGUAAUGGGCCAGUAUCUAGAUCAAUGGCAAUCAGCAAAUAUCGCCAUUCCACAAGCGCAACAGAGCAAUGUUUGGAAUCCAUAUCCUUUUUUCUUCAACCCUCAAUAUCAAUCAUUUGUUUCUGGAGAGGGUAAUGUAACAGUCAAACACGGGAGAUAUUAUAGAGAAUUCAACAGAACAAUCCAGGGAGUGAAUAUGGUAUAUCCACGAUACACUAUUGAACGCCUAAUGACCGAUGGAGUAAGGAUACAUAUCGUUGUCAGAGAUUGGAUGAAAAGACUCACUCGUUCAAGAGGCGACCCUAUCAAAUACAUACCAGAGGUUCGCAAAUGUAGAAAUCGAAAAUUAGCACAAGACGAACAGCUUCGAGAUGACUUGCCUGUUGAUGUCAACAAUGUCGACGUUGAACUUAAUCAACGGGUCAAUUUGAUGCAACAUCAUGGCUUCACAGGUGUGGUAGGGGUUGAUCUCGGUGAAACGUUUGCUGCAGGAACAUUUUUCUUGCCACAUGGUCCUGGUGUCGGAGUACAACACACGAUCAAACGAAGUGAAUUGUAUGGAUUGACCUUCACCAAUAGAGGUAUAAUUGAAAGUGAGAAAAGAGCUAAUCAAAUUAACGAAAUUGAGAGUACUAUGUCGCAAGGAAGCACAUACAGCAACAUGGAUAAAUACUUGGUUUAUAUUAACAAUUUCCAGAACGAUAACAACGGCUUACAACUGAACAACUUUUAUUCAAGGAAAACACUCAUUCGUCGGCAGUGGUCAAAUAGAUUAUCCAUGAAAGCUGCUAAGGACAAGGCAUGCACUCGCGUUCUUUCCAUGGGAACCGCUUCGUUGAAUGCACCCACACAGCAGCAAUAUCAGAACCAAGCUUUGAUCAGGAGACAACAAAAAGCAGAUUUCAUGCAACUACAAACCUUGGAACAAGCUUUACCUUGGGAAGACGAAAUGAAUUUUAUUGAAGAUGUAACACAACAACGAGAUCAAUCUCAAAUUCAAGCAAACGCAAGACGACAAGCACGUUUGAUUCGAAGAGAAAACUUAUCAACAGAAGAACAACAACAAAGACUUAUCAUACGACGUGAGAAAAGAAGACGCCAAAGACGUCGUCCUCAGCCAACUCGGAUGGUUAUAGCUCUCGACUUUAUCAAAAAAAAAUGGUAG